ACAUAAGGAAUUAGUAAAACGUGAAAUAUUUUCCUCUUCUGCUUACAACCGAUACAAUAAGCGAGAGUCGGAACGAGACCACACACAUUUCUAUGGAUAGACUGACUGACGUUGAUCGAAGCUUACGGGUGGUGAAUGUUACCAUCAAAUUGAAAGUGAAUUGCCAAAUGCAAAGAGUGGAAGAGAUUAUCAAUCAUAAUUCAUAACUGUAUUUGUUUAUAUAAACGCGAAUCUUUAUUUAUUUUAUUUCAAGUUGAAGAAAACUAGUAACGAUUCUCAAACCAAUUAUUUAAAAUUAAAUAGACCAUAAAACGUUGUUUUAUUUAAUCACAAAACCCGUUCCUUAGACGAGAGACCAUGUUGUGCUUUUGUCGUUUGCCAUGUCGUACACAUGUGUGCCUUCAGUAAGAUCUGUUUUGAUUGGCUAAUAAACUAGCAACAAGCUGUCGAAACGAUGUAAGACGUUCCCUUAUUGGUUGUUCUAGUUCAUAUAUAAAGCGAGACCCAGUGUUUUGCCAAUCGACGUUGUGUGUCCUAAACUGCGAUCGAAUGUAAUUCGUUCGAUCAUUGAUUUGCAAAUUUGUCUCGACAACAGAAAAAUGGCGUCGAUGGAAAGGGUGGACCUGACGAUGACAUCGAGUCAGAUCGAAUUAUUAAUUGAGUUGUACAGAGAACGGGAACUGCUUUGGAACCCUGACCACGAAAACUACACAUACAGACCCGCCCGAGCAAUGGCUCUACGCGAAAUUGCAGAAAAAAUGGGUGUUGGAUGGACAGAGGACCUGGUGAAAAAGAAAUGGAAUGUCCUGAAGUCUGCAUACAACCGAGAACUAAAGAGACUGAUUGAAUUAUCUAGAAUUAGCUCAGAUGUUUAUGCCCCACAAUGGUGGCUUUUCCAGAACUUGGACCGGUUCCUCAGACCACAUGCCCUCUCACGGAAGCGUGCUGUAGAGUCCCAUAGCAUUGAAGAUGGGUCACCUGGUCCAUCCUUUGAAAGAAUUGACGACAGCCAUGAUGGAUCUAUGGAGUGUGGGGAAGCAAAAGAAAGGUUCAUGAGGACCGAGAGUGCUAGAAGUAGCUGCAUGAAACCUGAAGACAUGCAGACAAUCUGUAUUGAACCAGAGGUGAUACAAAAUAUUUAUAUGGAACCUGAAAACAUCCAAACUCUCCUGACUGAACCUCAGGAGGUAAGGAAUCGAAGUAUAAAACAAGAAAGCCAAACAAAUGGAUGGCGAGAUUAUAGUUUGGUGAGAAAUGACGGUUUAGCAUCUGGUGGGGAGCGUUUUAGUUUAAGCGAAGAGGUAUCAAACAGUUUGGAAAACCGUGCGAAAAAAACUGCAUUCAAUCAUUGCACUCUUAUGGUAGAUCAGCUGCGAAACAGAAUGGACAGUAGAACAGUUCAGUUGAAUGAGAGGAGGGAUGCUGAAGAUUUUUAUUGUGAUAUGAUGGCUAUAGAACUAAAAUCUAUUUCCAAUGAAGAUUUAAAAGAUGAAGCUAAAUUUGAAAUGAUGAGGAUUUUGAAAGACUUCAAGAAGAAAGACAGACAGUUGAAACAGAAUGCAUUGCCAGCACCAGAUCACAUAUAAACAUAUAAGACAGAGAAAUAUUAAAUUUUUAUAAAAUAUUCUAAAAAGA